AUUAUAUUUUUCUUUCAGAAAAACCCCUAUUUUUGGAAUGAAGUGGUCAUUAAGGAAUACAACAUUAACGUCACUGGAUAUACAGCAACUCAUUCCACUCCAAUCCAGUGGUCCCGGAAUUAUGAACAUGAGGCCUACAGCCACAGGCAUCAUGACACCAUCCUUAACUUCUUCAAUUGGUUCUCUGGUCCUAACUGCUCAGGGUAUAACAGGAUUGCUGAGAUCAUCAUUGGGGACCUAUGGCUUAAUCCUGUGCAGUACUACCAGAGGGAAGGAAGGGGCCGAGAGAAAAAGUGA